AUAUAGUAUUCAUAUCAGAGCUACGGCCUUAAGAAUAUCGUCCAUACUCAAGGAAGGGUUUCCGAGAAACCCUGGAGAAAAUCCGAGGAGCUACACUGGUUAGUCAUGGGGAAGAUGAGAAGUCAUCUUCUCACAUGGAAGGCUUCGAGGUUCUUCUCCACCUUGCUUUGGCUUUACGUUGCUUCCUAUGCUUCGGCCGAUGAGAUCUUCACAUCCGCUCCUGGUGUGAGAUUUGGUCGCAGCUCACGUGAACCAAAGUAUAAGAUAGAAUUUCAUGAAGCAAAUUCUCAUUUUCAUACUGAUAACGAACUGGAAUCUGUGGUCAUGACUAAUAAGCAGGGACAGAAUUAUGUUUGUUUCUUGCCCAUGGUUGAUGAAAUCAAACCUGCCAAACCAAUUGUUCAUCCAAAUUCAACCAGCAUUAUUUUAGAUACCGAUCGAAGGAUAACACAGAAGACACCGAAUGAACUAAUUGAUGCCAUAAAAGACAAGUGCUUCUACAGGCAUGAAGGGUGGUGGUCUUACGAAUUCUGCUAUCAGAAACAUGUCAGACAGCUCCAUUUGGAAGAUAAUAAGCCCACUCAGGAGUUCUUUAUGGGCAUUUUUGAUCCAGUGGCAACUGCUGAUUUCAAUCAAAACCAGUCAGAUCCUACCCUGCUAAAAGAUCCUCGCUCAAAAGAUGCUUCCCAGAGGUACCAUGCUCAUCUUUACACAAAUGGAACCAUUUGUGAUCUAACGAAUCAGCCUCGAGAAACCGAGAUCAGGUUUAUAUGCUCAGAACCAUCCGUCGUAAUCAGUUCCAUCAAGGAGAUCUCUACCUGCAAGUACGCCAUUACUGUACAAUGUCCGAUGCUCUGCAAGCACCCAAUGUUCCAACAAGAAAGACCAUUGUGGCAUACCAUCCAUUGCAAUGAGGUUACCGAAGAUGCCUCGGCUGCAUCUGGAGAAGAUCUCUCUAAAGUUGCGCAGAUGAUGAUGGUUACAGAAGAUUCUGCUCAUUUUGUGACUUGAUUAAGAGAUUUGUGGAUAAGAGAAACUCAGGUGGCGAUAUGUUCUGGCAACUACAUUACAUUAGUAGUUCAUAAGCUGGUAACUAUAAGAUCUUGCUAUCUGCA